AUGUCCCUGUCGCGAUCACCCUCUCCCCACCCGGGCGGAGGGUGGUCCAGCCCGGGGUUAACCCCCGGCAGCGGCGCCUCGACUCCGCGCGGCUAUUCGCCCGCAACGCUGGCCCCGAACGGUAUCUCCUGGGCCGCGGCCAAGGCCAAAAGCGACGAGGUGCGCAAGUAUCCCUCCUUCUCGACGCGGAAUAGCGGCUUCUUCUCGCGGCAGAAGCACAAGAUCUCGACGCGGUUGCCGAGCUUUCGGAGUCAUGCGUCUAGGCAUGGAUAUGUUGAUAAGGUUGUUUAUGGGCGGGGCCAUUCGCAUACUGGUGGUGCAGGUGGAUGGGGGCCUUUGGGGAGGUUGAGAUUGAUGUUCAGACGGGGGAGGACGAGGGUGGUCUUUGGUUUGUUCUUGUUGUGGAUUGGAUACCUUUUUUUGUGGUCGACACUUGUUCAGUUAUAUCGACGAUCACCACUGGGUGGAGGUCCCAAGUUCGUGAUUAUACUGGGCUCAAACGUCGAAGGCGGCGUGAUGGAAUGGAAAGGUGCGCGCGAAUGGGCCAUCGAGCGCAAUAGUAUCUGGAAUAAGCAGCAAUAUGCGCAGCGCUGGGGUUAUCAACUCGAGAUCGCCAACAUGCUAGCCAAGAAACGGUAUUCUCACGAAUGGCGCGAGAGCUGGGAGAAAGGCGACGUAAUCCGAGAGGCUAUGCGCAAGUAUCCCAAGGCGGAAUGGUUCUGGUGGUUAGAUCUGAAUACCUGGAUUAUGGAGUACCGCACCUCCUUACAGAGCCAUAUCUUCAAUGAUCUCGGAUCGCAUGUCUACCGCGAUAUCAACGAGUACAACCCGCUCAACAUUACACACCCUCUCCCGGAGUUCUUCCUCGAUGACCUCGGCCGUGCCCUCGAAGGCGAUGGCAAUCCCGACUCUCUUCAUUUACUCCUGAGCCAAGAUUGCUCCGGAUUCAAUCUGGGCUCAUUCUUCCUGCGUCGGUCUGUUUGGACGGAACGCCUGAUCGAUGCAUGGUGGGAUCCCGUCAUGUACGAACAGAUGCACAUGCAGUGGGAACACAAGGAGCAAGAUGCUCUGGAAUACAUCUAUCAAAGUCAAGCCUGGGUCCGCAGCGGUGUGGGCUUUUUACCCCAGCGCAAGAUUAAUGCGUUCCCACCAGGUGCUUGCGGUGACGGGAAUGACCCCGGCGUGCAUUAUCAAGAAGAAGAACACGACUUUUUGGUCAAUAUGGCAGGGUGCUCGUUCGGUCGGGACUGCUGGGGUGAGAUUUACAAUUACCGCGCCAUCAGCAAUGAGCAUAAUCGCUCUUGGUGGCAGUCGCUGUUAGACAGACUCCGCUCUGCUCGUGAGUAG